UCCACCACCUUCAAUGCUUCUCUCCAUCUUUCCCCAUUUUUCUCACCAUUUCCCCCAAUUUCUCAUCCCAUGAUCCGUGAUCCUUGCUCCAAAUCGAGCAAGAUCUCAACUUUUUUCAGAAAUUUUCAGAUCUAUUCAUCUUCAUGUGUUCAAUUCUUCCCAUUUUUUGGCCAAAAAUCGCUCAUCUCAUCACCUUUUGUUGUUUCUCGACCUUGAUUCUCAUCGAAUGAGAAAAAAAAAAUUUCUCUGAGUUAUCGAUUUUCUGAUCUUCAAAUCCUUCUGUAUUUCCCAAUUUCAUCAUAUUUCGUUUUAGAAACCUUGGUUUUUUUAAUCCGAUUUUGUUUUUCCCAUAAAUCUUUUGAAGAUUUGUGUGAUUUUCCACAAAAUUUUUCUCUCGAUUUUUCUUGAAAUUUUGGGCAUAUUAAAUGGCGCGAGAAAGCUGCAAUCUUGACAAAGAUGAAGCUGAGAUCUUGAAGCCAACCUCAUCUCCCACUGCUCCUUCUCCUGCGCCUCCAACAACACCACCACCUUCAUCUCUCUUUCUCAAGCCUUCUUCUCAAGAAUUCCAGUCUCAAAGGCCGGAGAGGCAGGAGGUAGCCACGGCGGUGGCCGGAACCUCGCAGAAGUCCGACGAUAAGCCAACAGUACGCUUCGCUAACCGGUGCUCGAGCUGCAGAAAAAGGGUUGGGCUUACAGGAUUCCGUUGCCGGUGCGGCGACCUCUUCUGCCCCCGCCACCGAUACUCAGAGUUCCAUGAUUGUUCGUUUGAUUAUAAGGCUGCUGGUAGGGAGGAGAUCUCCAAGGCCAACCCUGUUAUUAGGCCCUCCAAGAUUAUCAAGAUCUGAAGGAUUUGCAGAAAGGCAUUGAAGAAACAAAGGAAAAGUUUCUGAAACUCAAAGGAGAUCGAAUCCAAUGGUUCGAGGACACGAUGAUUUGCUGCUAAGUUGGAGGAUUCGAAGAACUUGAUUUAAUCUCCGAGCUUAUCGUCUUUUCAAUUUAUGAGUUUCGGCUUUUGUUGUGAUAGCUCUGUGAUCAUUUAGCAUCAAAUAUAAUGUGUUUUUUGUGAUGAUUAUUACUUAACUACUUUUGUGUUGUUAAAGGACUUAUUGAACCCUUUUUUUUUAAAAAAAAAAAAACUUGGAGUA